CGGCCACGGCCGGGAGGGAGCCGGCAGGCGGCGUCUCCUUUAAAAGCCGCGAGCGCCGCGCCACGGCGCCUCCGUCGUCGCCGCCGGAGUCCUCGCCCUGCCGCGCAGAGCCCGGCUCGCACUGCGCCCGCCGCUGCGCUUCCCACAGCCCGCCCGGGAUUGGCAGCCCGGGACAUAGCCUCCCCAGCCGACACCGGCCACCGGACGCCCUCGAGGCGAGCGACGCGAGGAUCACCCGCGGCUUCGAGGGACCCAUACGACACGGAUAGGAGCUCUGAACUGUGCGCGCCUGGCGCUGUGGACUCGGCUGUCCGGGAGAAGCUGGAGUCGCAGACCGACGCUAAGAGCCGGGAGUCCGGAGCACAGUCUUACCCUCAAUGCCCGGCCACUCGGACCAGGGAGUGAGCGCCCAAGGCGAGCAGGCGGAAGAGUGAGCGGACCCCAGGCUGCCACAAAAGACACUUGGCCCGAGGGCUCGGAGCGCGAGGUCACUCGGUUUGGCAGCCCGGGACGCGCGGCUAGACUGUCUCGAGAAUGAGCCCCAGGACGCCGGGGCGCCGCAGCCGUGCGGGCUCCGCUGGCGAGCGCUGAUGGGGGUGCGCCAGAGUCAGGCUGAGGGAUGCGGAGUGGCGGCCCGCCCGCCACCCAGAUCUUCACAGCGCCCUUGCCCGGACCUGGCGUCGCCCACGAUGGCUGUCCCAAGCCAUGGGUCGCGGCCCAGCUAACGCAGAACGUCCGACCCUCGCCCGGCGAGUCUCGGAGCCGGCCCCGCGCCCCGCCAGUGCUGGUCCCUGAGGACGACGACAGCAGCAGCCUUGCCCCAGCCUUCCCUUCCCGUCCCUGCCCCGCACUCCUCCCCCUGCUUGAGGCUGUGUGUCAGCACUUGGCUGGAGACUUCUUGAACUUGCCGGGAGAGUGACUUGGGCUCCCCACUUCGCGCCGGUGUCCUCGCCCGGCGGAUCCAGUCUUGCCGCCUCCAACUCGGUCACCUCUCUGUUCCUCGACCGGCUGGGCCCACCCCAAGACACGGACGGUUCCCCACGGGGAGAACACCCGGAGAAGGAGGAGGCGAAGAAAGGCAACCGAAGCCCAGUCGCUGCUCCAGGUCUCUCGGACAGAGCUUUUUCCAUGUGGAGACUCUCUCAAUGGACGUGCCCCCUAGUGCUUCUUAGACGGACUGCGGUCUCCUAAAGGUCGACCAUGGUGGCCGGGACCCGCUGUCUUCUAGUGUUGCUGCUUCCCCAGGUCCUCCUGGGCGGCGCGGCCGGCCUCAUUCCGGAGCUGGGCCGCAAGAAGUUCGCCGCGGCAUCCGGCCGCCCCCUGUCCCGGCCUUCGGACGACGUCCUCAGCGAGUUUGAGUUGAGGCUGCUCAGCAUGUUUGGCCUGAAGCAGAGACCCACCCCCAGCAAGGACGUCGUGGUGCCCCCCUAUAUGCUAGACCUGUACCGCCGGCACUCGGGCCAGCCAGGAGCGCCCGCCCCAGACCACCGGCUGGAGAGGGCAGCCAGCCGCGCCAACACCGUGCGCAGCUUCCAUCACGAAGAAGCCAUGGAAGAGCUUCCAGAAAUGAGUGGGAAAACGUCCCGACGCUUCUUCUUCAAUUUAAGUUCUGUCCCCACUGAUGAGUUUCUCACAUCUGCAGAACUCCAGAUUUUUCGGGAACAGAUGCAGGAAGCUUUGGGAAACAGUAGUUUCCAGCACCGAAUUAAUAUUUAUGAAAUUAUAAAGCCUGCAACAGCCAGCUUGAAAUUUCCUGUGACCAGACUGUUGGACACCAGGCUAGUGAAUCAGAACACAAGUCAGUGGGAGAGCUUCGAUGUCACCCCAGCUGUGAUGCGGUGGACUGCACAGGGACACACCAACCAUGGGUUUGUGGUGGAAGUGGCCCACUUGGAGGAGAAGCCAGGUGUCUCCAAGAGACAUGUGAGGAUUAGCAGGUCUUUGCACCAAGAUGAACACAGCUGGUCACAGAUAAGGCCACUGCUAGUGACUUUUGGCCAUGAUGGAAAAGGACAUCCACUCCACAAACGAGAAAAGCGUCAAGCCAAACACAAACAGCGGAAGCGCCUCAAGUCCAGCUGCAAGAGACACCCUUUGUAUGUGGACUUCAGUGAUGUGGGAUGGAAUGACUGGAUCGUGGCCCCUCCGGGCUAUCAUGCCUUUUAUUGCCAUGGGGAAUGUCCUUUUCCCCUGGCCGAUCACCUGAACUCCACUAACCAUGCCAUAGUGCAGACUCUGGUGAACUCUGUGAAUUCCAAAAUCCCUAAGGCGUGCUGUGUCCCCACUGAGCUCAGCGCAAUCUCCAUGUUAUACCUAGAUGAAAAUGAAAAGGUUGUGUUAAAAAAUUAUCAGGACAUGGUUGUGGAGGGUUGCGGGUGUCGUUAGCACAGUAAGGAUAAAUAAAUAAAUAUAUAUAUAUAUAUAUAUUUUAGAAAAAGAAAACACCCUACUCCCCCUGUCCCCCCAAAAAACCAGCUGACACUUUAAUAUUUCCCAAUGAAGACUUUAUUUAUGGAAUGGAAUGGAAAAAGAAACACAGCUAUUUUGAAAAUAUAUUUAUAUCUACGAAAAGAAGUUGGGAAAACAAAUAUUUUAAUCAGAGAAUUAUUCCUUAAAGAUUUAAAAUGUAUUUAGUUGUACAUUUUAUAUGGGUUCAACUCCAGCACAUGAAGUAUAAUGGUCAGAGUUAUUUUGUAUUUAUUUACUAUUAUAACCACUUUUUAGGAAAAAAAUAGUUAAUUUGUAUUUAUAUGUAAUCAGAAGAAAUAUCGGGUUUGUAUAUAAUUUUCAAAAAUAAUUGUAGUUGUUUUUCAGUUGUGUGUAUUUAAGAUGCAAAGUCUACAUGGAAGGUUACUGAGCAAAGUGCUUGCACAUUUGCUGUCUGUUGUCUGCAGCACUACUGUUAAAGUUCACAAGUUCAAGUCCAAAAAAAAAAAAUGGAUAAUCCACUCUGCUGACUUUCAAGAUUAUUAUAUUAUUCAAUUCUCAGGAAUGUUGCAGAGUGGUUGUCCAGUCCGUGAGAACUUUCAUUCUUAUUAGGGGGAAUAUUUGGAUAAGAACCAGACAUUACUGAUCUGACAGAAAAGCUCUCGCCGACCUCCCUGCAGAAUGAACAAAGCAGGACCAGGGAAAAUAAUUAGGAAAACUGUGACCAUGUCAGGAAGUGAUAAUGGCAUCUUGUUCUUUCUUAAACCUAUCCCUUCCAGGGGGGCUGAUCUGGCCAAAGUACUAAAUAAAUUAUAAUAUUUCUUCUUUAUUAACAUUGUAGUCAUAUAUAUGUACAAUUGAUUAUCUUAUGGCCCUCAUUAAGAAGUGGAAAUUGACUUGUAUUUUGUGUUUACCCUAUCAGCAAGCUCUUUCUUCUCCAAAGCACCCAAUUUUCUACAUUUGCCUGACACGCAGCAAAAUUGAGCAUGUGUUUCCUGCCUACACCCUGUUCUCUGACCUAUCAGCUUGCUUUUCUUUCCAGGGAUAUGUGUUUGAACAUAUUUCUCCAAAUGUUAAACCCGUUUCAGAUAAUAAAUAUCAAAAUUCUGGCAUUUCAUCCUAUAAAACCUAAUCCGUGAGAGCAAA